AUGGCGCAGCAGAUAGGAAGGAAAGUUUACGUAGUCGGGUCUGAAUGCACUUUUUGGAGGGAAUUGGAUGAAGGCCGAGUCAACUACUGGGGAACGAGGGUAGACGCUGAGGGAAAUCUUCUGUUCCUUGAAACGAAGGAAGACGAUGCUUUCCUUCAAGAACUGAAGACCGAUCUGGAGCGCAGUAAUGGAAAGAUCUACAUUGCUUGUCCUGGGUUCGCCCAGCCAACUGGAAAGAUUCUGCAUUAUUUCACAAACAAUCGGCUGUGGCCGGAAGGAGAGGAAGACGACGAGGAGUCUGUCUGUAUGGUGUCGUUGUAUGCGACAGGCUUCAGGGUUCAGCCUGGAGACCUAAAUUGGACGUGGGAUUGGGCGGCAGUAGCGGGGAGGCAACUAGAGGAUUUCUUGGAGGUUUUGAUCGAGGAGAUGAAUGGCGCGACGGAUCUUGUCCCAUCCGUGCUCGCUUACAGCAUGGGAACAGUAACGGCAACGGCUUGCCUUGCAGCAGCGGCUGAUUUGGCAAGCGAGAAGGAAGCAGUGCUGAGAGCACUAGGGGCUGGGAGAAUGGUUUAUGUUGCCGGAGUUGUCGGUGCCAGCAAAUUGUUUGAAGUUAUUGAGAGAUGCGCCCUUUCCGAGUCGGUAGUACGCAUCAUCAGCCUCGCGUCCACCGACGAUUUCUUCACGUUCGUAGCAGCGGAGCUUGCAAGAUUCAUGGGACGCAAGGAAUUUUUUACGCUUCAUUCAGUGGGAUUUGCGGACAACAGCGGUGAGCUGGCAGACCUGCUAGGUAGGAAAUGGCAAGCUGGUCACGCUUUCGGUGCUGCCUUCGAGGCGUACGAUUGCGCAGCAAUAGGGAAGGGCCAUGAUUAUAUCAGACUGGCAAGGUUCGGCCAGGUCGUCGCGCCGAUUCUCAGAGGUGCGGAUUCGGCGGCCAUCUCUCUCGUCCUUCCUCGCAUCACAAAGAGAAGGCCGUGCCUGACCAGAGAACAGAGGGUUCAGGUUUUGGCUAUCCUUGCUGCCCAGGAUCUGAGUGGCUAUGGAGAAGGCUUUAGGCAAAUUGAUGAGGUAGGAGGCUCGCAGGAGAGGCAAUGGCCUGGACGGUGGUUCUUUUACCACUUAUAA